UUCUCAAACUACAUAAACACCCAGCAAACAGCGAAGGCAGUUGCGCCAAGACUCACUCAGCAACGAACGACAUUUGUCUAACGGCGACGCUGAAUAUGACGCACUGGAUAUUCAUUUUUGGAUUUUGCCUGUUCCAGGUUGUAGACGCUCAUGUAACCAUUGUUACAAAUAUCACAAAUGUCACAAAUGUCACAAAUCAUACUGAUAUUGCGCCAGCAAAUUUUGGGUUGUUGCAGAAAACCGAAGCGUUGGCAAUAGCAAGUGGAAAUACAACUGGCAUCGCUUUCCAAAUUGGUCGUCGAGGUGGACGUGGCGUCGCCAGGACAGACUAUGAUUGCACCGUCCGACGACUGCCCCGAGGGAUUCGCCGUGAAAUGAAUUUGCAUAAUUUCUAUCAAAAGUACGCGCAUGCGUAUGGCGUACCAAUCAUCAGCUCCAAUCGCGUGGAUGACCGGGCUAUUCAACGUGCCUGUUAUGUUGUGCGUUUUGCUCUCGCGGACAGAAAAGACAUUCGUGAUCGUUUACACGAUCGCUAUGGUCGUGCUGGCGUCAUCGCCGAACGCGAGCGCACGACGGACAUCCCCGAGCAUAGCUAUCUUCCUGAUUGGUGGAACCAGCGCGCAAGAGGCUUAGGGGCCACUUUAGAUAAACCCAUUUCAACAGGAGGGGAGGAGAAUAUUUUGUGUCGACCGAGUGACCGUUAUUACGGAGGGGGUAGGGGCGAGGAUAUAUUCUUGCAUGAGUUUGCACACGCCGUUCAUAAUCUCGGACUGACAAGGUCCAUGGAUCGAAGAAUUGGAGCUUUAUACAGACAGAGGAAAUACGGCCAAGAUCAGAGAUGGAGGAAUACUUAUUACAUGAGUACAGAUCGCGAGUUCUUUGCCGAAGGUGUUACAAGCUUUUUUGACGUGAACACAGAAACCUGGGAUGGGAAACCAAACGGAAUUCACAAUCACGUCAACACAAGGGCUGAACUUCGAAGUUACGAUCGUGAACUGUAUAAUUUAGUCAAGGAAGUCUUUCCGUGCCAAAAUAAAUUUCUUGAUAGAUGUUCUGCUUUAAGAGGCAAAACACCUCCAGCUUUCAGAAUGAACUGUGAUGGAAAGGGAGGUGGUGUGAGGCCAAAACCAAAGCCAAAACCCAAGCCAAAACCAACAACACGCCCGAAAACACUGCCAUUACCAACAACUCCAGCUAGAACUGGUUGUGUUGACAAGAACGUUAAUUGUCCAAUAUGGGAGAAAUAUUGCAACAACAACAGGUACAAGACAUAUAUGAUGCAAAACUGUGUAAAGACUUGUGCAAUGCAGAAGGUCAAUUCUUUCCAUCGAAGUUACUGCAAACAAUAUGCGACUAAAAGUUAUUGCAACUACAGCGUUGUCAAGAAUACUUGCAAACCUGUUUGUGAUUGCCUGUAACCCGGUGGUUAACACUUUAUUAAUGGAUUUUAUUAAUCAAGAAAAGGGGAAUGGAUUAAUGUUUUUUAAUGAUUUAUUACGGGCUGUACGGUUUUUAGAAAAGAUUAUCAUAGUUUCUCUCUUUGUACAGACAAGUUGGGGUGAUGGGGUCGUAAAUAUGGUAUGAUGUAUUCAUUAUAUCAAAAUCAGCAGACAAUUUAGAAAACAUAUAUAAAACAACAUAAUCUCAAGAUCAACAAGGUUUCACGUAUCUAUAGUUAUCUAUCACACAGAUAGUAUAAUAAGUAUA